GUGCGCUGGGAAGCAGAGGUGGGCCCACCCCUAGGGUGUGGGUUGGGUGAAUCUUGCAGGUGCGAGGCAAGUUUCAGGAAGGAAACAGGGCAAGCAGGCCACUUAAGUUUUCUUCCGCGAAGAGACCCGCAUCUUGCCAAGCCUCUUGAGGCUUGGUGGCCCUCCCACCAGACCGGUUGGGGGGGUACGUGAGGAGGCUCAUGUUCGGAAUAUGACCUGAGGUGAUGUCAGGAGAAUGGCUCUCUUGAAUAGAAAGUGCAUCUGUGACCUUUGCUCCUGCGGCAGGCAUCACUGCCCACAUCUCCCUACCAAGAUUUAUGAGAAGACAGAGAAACCAUGUUUUUUCUCCGAAUACACGGAGAAGUAUCCCACCUAUCAUUCGUAUAUGCCCCAAGAGUCCUUCAAACCCAAGGUGGAGUACCAGAAAGUAGCUAUACCAAUGGAAGGACUGUCCACAACAAAGAGAGACUUUGGGGCUUACAACAUAGUACCGGUGAAACACCAUCUUCCCGAGAAGGUCACUCCAAUCCAAGAUGAAAUGGAUUUCCUCACAACGUAUAAUCAACACUACAACUACUGCCCUGCCACUCGAGCGAGCCCCAUCAAACCUCGAGACAACAGGCAUCAAUGUAAUGACAAAAUGGAGUAUGAGCCUACGUACAAAGCUGAUUAUUUACCUUGGAACCAACAAAAAAGAUCUUUGAUUCAUCCAGCACAAACAUACCGUCCUCCGUCCUGUAGGUUUGAUCAUAGAACCACACACCAGGACGAUUAUCCCAUGAAAAGUCCUGUGGAUACUGUGAAUUACAAACCUCCACCUGGGCCCAAGCUCUCCAACCUCCCCCUGGAGAAUAUGACAAGCUACAGAUCGAGCUAUGUGGCCCAUCCUGUGGAGAAGCGGUGUGUGUAUGAAGGAGAGAAAUAUAAACCAUGUGAAAUUCCUUUUGAUGGCCUUACCACCCACAGAGAUUCCUACAAGGGUUUGAUGGGGGAACCUGCCAAGAGCUGGAAACCUGUACCAAAUCACUCUGGGCUAGGUAUACCUUUUGCAACCGACACUGAAUUUCGAGAAAAUUUUCAAGCUUGGCCAACACCUAAGAUUGUCCCCAAAGAUCCCAUUCCCUACAUCCCUCCUGAAGGAAAGAUGGAUCUUCUGACAACUGUGCAAGCCAACUAUAAAUGCCCCAAUGGUGUUCCUGCUCAGUCCUGCCGGCCAGUCAUCCAUUUGAAAAAGUGUGAGCGAUUUGAAAGCUCUACCACCAACAGAGAGGAUUAUAAACACUGGGACAUCAUCCCUAGAGAGCCAAUCAAACCUGCUCCCCAGCUGAAAUUCCCUGAUGAGCCUAUGGAUUACAUGACCACCAAUCGUGCCCACUAUGUGCCUCAUGCACCAGUCAAUACCAAAAGCUGCAAGCCAACCUGGUCCGGCCCUCGUGUAAACAUCCCGUUAGAAGGUCAGACCACCUACUCUUCUAAUUUUACUCCUAAGGAAAUUCAAAGGUGCCCAGCUUCAUUCUCUGAACCCCCUGGCUACAUCUUUGAAGAGGUGGAUGCUGUAGGGCACAGGAUGUACAGGCCGGCUUCCAGAGCAGCUUCUCAUGAGAGCAACCAUCUUGGCUUUGGUGAUGUGUAAAGAAUUGGCACUACCAGCCUGUCAUUGAAGAAUGGUUGUUUAUAGAGAUUGAAAUUUCACAGCACACUAAAAGCAAACAAUUGACGAUUAUUAAUUCAACAAGGAUUCCCCAAAAUGAAAACAACGUAAACCAAACAACAAACUUCAUCAUCAAUUUCAGGGCAUUUGAAUGAAAUAAGAAUCACCUAAAGAAAAUGAGAUAGAGCCACCAGCAGAUCAACUCCUUUUAACUCUCCCUCGACUGGACCUCCCCACCCCAUCAACGUUCCUUGCUUUCUGCUCAAGAAAAUAGCUCUCUGAUCUAGGUGCAUUUUAUGAAUGAUCGUUUGCCAAGCUUGAAGUGUCUAUAAUAAAAUUUAUA